AGAGACCUGUGUGUGUAUGGGAGCGCAGGCAAGGGUGUGUGUGUGUGUCUCUCAGACUCAACAAGCUUGUGAGAGCCUCUUGUAGACGCUUAUGUGUGUACACACACACACACACACACACACACACACGCACACACGCACACUGGCUGAGGAAACUUUUCUGGAAAAGGUGGCAUUUAGGAGAUUGCUUCUUUCAACAGAUGGAGUUUUACUGGAGCAGCUCAGUGGAAUACACACAUUCUUGAUCUCUCUCCGGCUCUUGCACACACACACACACACACAAGAACACAUAGUCUCAUACACACAAACACACACACACACACACACACACAGCACGGGAGUUUGGAUAUGAACCGUAGAAGUGUCUUUGAAGUUUUCUUCAGUCUCAAAUCAGGACUUUUGCAACUGAGGAUUCAGCAUGCCUACUGAAGACUACUUGUUCUCGUCCUCGGAUGUGCUGUCCCCGCUGCCGGAGAUCGCCGGAGGCGGAGGGGCGGUGCUAACCUCGGUGACCAGCCCAAUCAGGAACUCUCUCGCCUGCGGCCAAUCCCACCAAUCCCGCCACCACCACCACCGCGGCGGCAUGAUGGACUCCUCCCACUCGCACCACGCCGACCGGCCCGUCAGCUACAGCUCCACCUCCUCCUCCGCCUCCUCGCGGGACAGCCACUGCUCGCUGGGCGGCCGCUCCAUCCUGGGGCCCGCCCCCGAGCGCGACCGCGACGCCGGCGCCAUCCGAUUGGAGCUGGUGCCCGCCCGUCAACUGGCACUGGGCGAGGAGGAGGACGGCGAGAGGCGACGGGCGCCGACGCAGACGCAGACGCAGACGCAGACGUCGGUCCAGACGCAGAGGCGCGCAGACGCAGACGCGGACGUAGACGCACACACGCGUCGCGCGGGCGGAGGCCAGACGCCGGAGGGGGACGGCGGGCCCAAGGUGGCGUACGUGGACCGGGUGGUGCAGGAGAUCCUCGACACCGAGAGGACCUACGUGCAGGACCUCAGGAGCAUCGCACAGGACUAUCUGGACUGCAUCAGUAAUGAUCCACGCUUACUGCUGGGGGUCGAGGAGAGGACAUCACUGUUUGGAAACAUCCAGGAGAUCUACCGUUUCAACAGUGAUUUACUUCACGACCUGGAGAAGUGCAAUGCAGACCCCGUGGCCAUCGCUGAGUGCUUCGUAGCAAAGAGUGAGGAGUUCCAUAUCUACACACAGUACUGCACUAACUACCCGAGGUCUGUGGCUGUGCUGACUGACUGCAUGAGGAAUAAGAGUGUGGCCAAGUUCCUGCGUGAGCGACAGGAGUCUCUCAAACACUUGCUGCCUCUGGGCUCCUACCUGCUCAAGCCAGUGCAGAGGAUCCUCAAAUACCACCUGCUGCUGCAUGAGAUAGCCAACCACCUCCCUAAGGACACAGAUAUGUACGAGGUGGUGUUGGAGGCCAUAGACACCAUGCAGAGAGUCGCCUGGCACAUCAACGACAUGAAGAGGAAGCACGAACAUGCCGUACGCCUGCAGGAGAUCCAGAGCCUGCUGACUAACUGGAAAGGGCCGGAUCUGGUGGGUUACGGAGAGCUGGUUCUAGAGGGAACGUUCCGCAUCCAGCGGGCCAAGAACGAGCGAACGCUCUUCCUGUUCGACAAGCUGCUGCUCAUCACCAAGAAGAGAGAGGAGACGUACACGUACAAGGCACACAUACUGUGCUGUAAUCUGAUGCUGGUCGAGGUCAUUCCUAAAGAACCCUUAAGCUUCAGCGUCUUCCACUACAAGAACCCCAAACUGCAGCACACUGUCCAGGCCAAGUCCCAGCAGGACAAGCGUUUAUGGAUCCUGCACCUGAAGAGACUCAUCCUGGAGAACCACCCAGCUAAGAUCCCCGCCAAGGCCAAGCAAGCCAUUCUAGAGAUGGAUGCAGCUCAUCACCCAGGCUUCCACUACAGUCCUGAUGGAGAGAACAAAAUGUCCGCCCAUCCCAAAGAAGGACCCUCCCCCCGUCGGGUCCGUAGGAAAUCAGAACCUUUGUCCAAACUGCUGAAGAACUCUAAACAAACUGUGGCCAGUCCAGAUAUACAAAAGCGCUCCAGUUUAGGCGCUACUUUGCUCACUCCUGUGAUGCAUCUGGGCUCCAUUGGUCGGUCUCGUAGCCUGGUCAGCCAAUCACACGAGUCUUUGGACCCGUGUGACCAUGGUGACCUGAGUGACAGAGAGGAUGCAGAGGGACCUCACCAGCAGGAUGCUGAUGACGAGGAUGAAAGUGGAAUGGGCCCGGGGAAGAGGCUGAAAGUACCAGGCAAGAGUAGCCGAAAACGGCUGAAUCCUCAAGUGUCUGUGGAUUGCAUCGACCGUCUCAGAGACCACAACCAUUCAGACCUGCAGACGGCUAAAGAGUCUCUCCAGAUGGACCCGAGCCACGCGCCCUCCCUGCGGGUGACCAGUCCCCCCGAGUCGCCCGGCGAUGCCCACGUGGGGAUGCCCAACAUCUGGGCCGACCACCGGGUCCGCCGCGCCAUGUUCCCCACGCGCCAGCAGACCAUGCAGGUGGACGACGACGAGGACAUCUACCAGAUGUUCAUGCCCCCGGAGACGGGCUGCGAGCAGGAGAGCGACCGCGAGUCCAACGAGUCGUCGUCCGGCGGUCGCCCCGGGCGACCCUGCAGCUGGCACGUGGAGCAGACGACCGCGACGUCGACGAUGUCGUCGUCGUCGGCCGCGGCGACGCUGCACUUGGACCUCCCGGCCAGAGGGGGCAGGAGCGUGCUGCGGAGGGCCAGCAGCGUGGGCGAGCACGGGAGCGAGGCGAACGGCAAACCCCGCGGCGGUGGUGGCCAGGAGGACGAGCAUCAGCACAGCAGCCACGGCGAAUCCUCCAGCAACGAGAUCUCGGGCUCGUCGUCGGCCGAGCAGCUGACCAUCGACGACAUCGAGAACGUCUACGACAACAUCAGCUUGGAGGAGCUGCAGGCCAUGGGGCUCGUGCGAAGGGAGUCGGACGCCGGCGGUGGCAGUAACAAGCCGGCCCCCUCGGGGGCGCCACUGGUCAAAGGCGGGUCGAACCCCGCUGUGGUAGAGCCCAGUGGAACGUUGCCGUCCGAGAAUAAUCGGUCCUCCACCAAGGAGGGGGCACCUGCGGACUCGUGCGAGCUGAAGAUAGUCGAGGAAGAGGGGAUCUAUGAUACAAUCACGUUCAUCGUGCCUCCUCUGCCUUCCCGAGGACCGAAAGCGGAAGCGGAAGCGGACUCGAUGCUCGGACACGACAGCGCGAUCCUCAGCUCCGCCACGGACCUCUCCAUCGACGAGAGCUUCGGGCUGGGCGUGUCCGCCUCCGAGGAGAGCCUCCUGCGACUGACGGACGACGACCGCUCGCAUAUCAGCACGUCCUCGUCAUCCGUCCUAGCGGAAACAGGCCCCUCUUUGUCGUCCACGGCAACCUCGGAGAAGAGCGGUCGACAGCAGCAGCAGCAGAAGCAGCAGCAGAGGCGUCCCAGCGCGGCGUCCGACCAGAUGUCGGAGCAGGUGGACGCCAUCUGGAACGACCUGGAGAACUACAUCCGCAACAACGAGCGCAAGGCCGACAAGCUGCCCGCCGCGUUCCCGGUGUCGGCGCACGACUCGGCCGCCAAGUGCCGCUCGGCCACGUCCUCGCCCCAGAAGAAGCCGCUGUCCAAGGCCAACCCCAAAGGCGGCAACGCCGGCUCCACUCCCCUGACGCGCUCCAUGAGUCCGCCCUGCACCUUCAAGAUCCCCAGCCUGAAGAUCCCUGAGCUGCGAAGGGAGUACUCCUUCGAGGUGGACGAGCCUCCGUCUCUGACCCCUGCUGGUGCCCCUUCACCUUCCGCAGCGCCCCCGAAGAAACCCGACCCCUGCGCCGCGCCCAACCCCCCCAAGAACAGCACCAGAGCGCCCCCGCUGAAGUCCUGCACAUCUCAGCCGCUCCCCAAAUGUUCCGAGCCCGUCCAGCCCCUCCCUCCGAAGCAGAAGCAGACUCCGCCCCCUGCCCAGACCCAACAGCCACUCCCUCCCAAGCCCAUCCAGAGUCAGGCGCUUCCGCCCAAACCUCCGCUGAUUCAGACUCCGACCCAGACUCAUCAGGCUCCCCCAGCAGCAGCAGCAGCAGCAGCAGCUGCGACCAAAACUCACCAAGUAACCCCGACAACAACAACGACAACGACAGCCCAAACGAGUCACGUUACACCAACAACAAUCGGCCAAACUCACCAAAUCGCCCCGACAGCACCAACAACAUCAACAACUACAACGACAACAAAAACAGCACCAGCCAAGGUAGUGCAUCCUAUCCCACCAAAACCUACUCAAGCUCAAGCUCAAACUCGGCCAACAACCCCGCCAACCCAGCCUCACCCUCCCCCAACAACACCCUCCCCAUGCCAGCCUCACCCUCCCCCAACAACACCCUCCCCAACCCAGCCUCACCGUCCCCCAACAACACCCUCCCCAACCCAGCCUCACCCUUCCCUAACAGCACCCAUCCCCUCCAUCAACGUCACCGCAGUCAUCCCCGAGCCCCCUCCGGUCGGCACCGUCAAGAGCAUCCGCAACAAGCUCGCCCGCCUGAGCAGCGGAAGCUUCCGGAUGGACGACGAGGACGAGCUGGGCGACCUGUGCACCCCCAUGGCAUCAGGGGUUGGCGGCGCGCCGACACGGGACACCAUGCAGCGGGACCUCCACACCCUCUUCCCGGGGCUGGAGGGGACGCUGUUCCCCCCGGACAUGCUGCUCGGGGAGGCCAGCGACCAGCUCCUGGGGGACCUGGAGGACAAGGGCAAGAACCGCGUGUUCCUGAUGGCGCGCCAGUACAGCCAGAAGAUCAAGAGGGCCAACCAGCUGCUGAAGAUGAAGAGCAUGGACGUGGAGCCCAGCUGCAUGCGCGCCAGCGCCAGCCCCAGCACCUCGCGCUCCAAGCCCAAGGACCUGGCGGCCAUCUUGGAGGAGAAGAAGCAGGGCGGAGCUGCUAUAGGAGCGAGGAUCGCAGAGUACUCCACUCUGUACGACCAGGUCAUGUUUAAAGAGGCCCCGGGAGCAUCGGGCUCUCAGAGGGCCCUGCCAGGGGGGCGACUGUCCGUGCCCCACGCGCCGCGCCUGGCCUCCUCGCCCUCCCUGCCCGAGAGCGCCACCCUGGAGGGCGCCUGGCUGAGCUGCACCUACAGCAACGGCGAGCUGGCCGACUUCCUGUCCUGGACCCGCGAGAUCCCGGAGCAGCAGCGGUCGGAGCUGCAGCAGGUGCACACGUCCACCCCUCAGAAGAAGAUGGCGCAGGCCAGCUCGGUCCCGGCGCUCAAGAACCUGCCGGCCUCUCCGUCCAGCCCGCCCAAUCAGCGCUGGAGCACGUGCGUGUCCACGCCCACCAAGGAGGAGGAGGAGGACGACGAGGACGAGCACAUCUACGCCACGCUGGGCCUGACCACGGCCGCCGCCGCGCGCGCCCUCAAAGACCCGCCCUACACCCGCUGCCAGUCCUCGUCCUCGUUGGCCGAGCCGCCUCCCGAGAAGACCAGCGGCGCCGCCAACGGCAAGCAGGAGGUGGCGGGGUCGCGUGGAGGUCAAGCGGCGAACGGGCGGGGUCUCGGCCCGCGGCAGCACAGCUUGCCCGAGUGCCCCCCGACGACGACCUCCGACCUCACCCUGUGCGACUCGCAGCAGGUGCUGGUGCUGAGCCGCGGGCAGCAGCCGCUGGGGACGGUCACCGCCACGCAGAACUACCUGGCCAACUUCCGCGACAACGGCGGCGACGACGACGAAGACGACUACGUGGAGAUCCGCUCGGAGGACGAGAGCGAGGCGGAGAGGCGGGACGUCUGCAGGCGCCCGUCGCUGGCCAAGAGUCUGCCCUGCAGCCCGGUCAAGAGACACGGAACCCCCGGCGGCGGCGGCGGCGAGAUGGGCCGAGACCACCUGAACGACUACAUGUGGAGCGACGCGGAGGCCCACGAGCAGAGCCUGGCUCAGCAGAACAUUGUCCAGUCCCUCCGCGAGAAGUUCCAGUGUCUCAGCUCCAGCAGUUUCGCCUGAGGGGGGCGCUCUUCCCAACGCACUACAGCCACCAUGCCACCCAAGAGCAGAACUGCUAUAGGGGCAUACUGUAUAUGGGCUACACACACACACACACACACACACACACACACACACACACACACACACACACACACACACACACACACACACACACAAAUACACACACACACAAAUACACACACACUCGCAAAUAUACACAUACACAUACGCACACACACACACACACACACACACACACACACACACACACACACACUUAGGAAAGAUAUUGGGGACAGAGCAGCACAAAUUACACAAGACACUACUAGAGAACAUCCAAAAAUACUCACUUUACUUACACAUGUGGUGGUAGUACACUGGCGCCACAUACCGCGUUUUCCAGAGGAAUAUACUUAUAGCAAAGGUGUUUGGACAAUCUAGUGUCCACAUGCUAGCUAAGACACAUGGGAAUGCGACACAAGACACAAUAUAUAAACUACAAAAUAAAAACCAAACUGCAUAUUUCAGGCCAAAUACACGACAUUGCACCUCAAAUAUAACACACGACUGAUGGCACACAGACACCUUGACACUCAGCCUUCGGUUAUCUGGAUGAGACACGACACGGUAUAUCUUUUAGACACACUCAAACCCAAAUUUUGCUUAUGCAAUGCAAGUAUUAGGAUAUAAUAUCUGCUAAUUAUCAGCUUUCUGUUUGUGUUUGUGUGUGUAAAAUAUGUAUUUGUUGUGUCUUUUAUUUAACUGUUUACUUUCUCACAGUAUCUUAAUUUGAGACAUCCUCACAAGAAGUUCUCACUCUCUACGCCACACACACUCACACAUAUGCACACACACACACACACACACACACACACACACACACACACACACACACACACACACACACACACACACACACACACACACACACACACACACACACACACACACACAAACACACACACACACACAAACACACAAAAAGAAAGAUGUAUAUUUAAGGACGGGAUCUGCUAUUUCAGUUGCAUAUUUCAUUGCAAACAAAACGUAUCAAAGAUUGAGACACUUGGACUUGGACUCUUAAGACUUUGUAUCAUUUGUCAGACAUUUGCAAGGGCACCUAAGCCAGUGAAUCCUACCUGGUCUAGAAGUCGGUGUAAGUGAUACACGCGUGGUUUUAAAGGGACGAGGCUUAAAAAAGCAGUUUUAAGCUGUAGUUUUAAUUCACUCAAUGGCCUGUACAUAGAUGCUAUAUUAGAUCUCAUGUUGUAAGCCAAGCUAGACUUGGUACUCUAUCAGAUGCAAUCCUUAAACAAAAAUGCCUUUUGUGACAGGAUCAUUUUAACGCCUCUUUGGGGCUAGGCUAUAUAGCACACUAUUUAUCAGCUGAAGUUUUAAACAAAGAUUUUAGCGCUCCUAUUUAAGUGACUGAAGAUCCCCCCCCUCAUAGAAUCGACUUGAGUAGGAAUAUUUGACAAAGGUGACUCUUACCUCUUAAUGUACAACAGUAGACUUUGUGCAAACGUGUGCAUCCACCUAUGGCAUAAAGAACAGUCAGGUCAGCUUAUUAACAAAAAAAAAAACCUGAAAAAACUUAAAAACUAAACACAGAAAACAAACGGACUGGGUCUCUGCGCCAUUGUAGUGCGUCAGUUUUAUCAGCCUGUGUCUGCUCUUAGUCUUGCUCAUUUUAGGGUAGAGUUGGGCAGUAGUAGGGCAGUUUUUAUCGCAAAAAGACGCAGUCUUUUAGACCAUCUCCGCAGCCUCGCCUUCACGCCUGAAGCGUCUUUGUGCAGUUAGGAGGGGGUUACCCUUGUAACACUUUACAGAUACCCGUGAACUAAAUAGUCGCCAUCUAUUUUAAACUUUGUGAUCUAGAUAGCAAUAUUUUUUUAGGUUGCUCCAAAUUGUGCGUAGUUUGACUGGAGUAGGCCUAUACGCUCUCCAAGGCAGUACUUGUUAAAGCGUUCUACUUUCCUCUUAAGUGUUAGCCUUCCUGAGGGACCAGGAGGAUGGAGUAGGUUGGAUGAAGGUUUACGUCGUCAGAUGUUUUCUGAUGCAUCGUCUGCUGCGGCUUUUUCCGUUGUUGUUGAUGUUGAUGUUGUUGUGUUGUUGUUUUGGAUCUGUUCCUGUAACAGUCCCCUCCCCUUCCAACAGUCACACCAUUGUUAAAGUUGCUGAUCACCAACCUCCUGUUGACACAACUCCAACCAAAACACUCAGUGGUCACUUUCUUAAUGUUCUUUCAAACCCACACACACACACACAUGCAUGCAAUGCACCCUUAUUCACAUGGUGUAGUUUGUGGUGGUCUGGCUGGCUUCAGACUCCAGACGUGGCUUGUAUUUUGGUGGCACUGUGUCACAGCCCUACACACACUAAAUGUAAAGGUCAACUUUUGUUUAAAGUUAAGUCACACAUUGACUGUUUUCAUCUCCAAAAUCAUGUAGCUGUACACUGCAAUUCUUUUCUAAGGAUGUUCACACAAUCUGGUCACUUCUGGUUUGAUACACACGACAUAAUGUCCCACAGUUUAGUUUUAAUAAAUUGAAAAUGUAUUUAUUUACGUGAAAAAAAAGCCCGGUGCCCUGGAAUAGAAUCCAUAACCCACGUUUGUAAAUUAAAAAUAAAUAAUACCGACAAAUAUUUAUUUAAUAGUUUUCCUCUUCAGUAGUGUGACAAAUUUGGUUCAUGUGUUGACUGUGAAUUUUACCUUUUGUUCUUUAAGCACUGUUAAAGAUUUGUUUUUAUUUCUUUUUUUUUUUACCAUUAUGAAAUAAUACAUUUUUAAAUAAUAGCAAUGUCAUGGCCUACUGUUAAUAUCAAUGUAAAUAUGCCAAACACAUUGGAAUAUGAUAUGAAGUAUGUUUAUUUCUCAUGGUUGUUUUCAUAUGUACAUUUUGUUUGAGUUUCACAGGUGGGGACUGUUAUCCUUGGUUUAAAUCACCUCUUUUGCACUUUUUUCAUUUUUAUCAUUUUAUCAUUUAUCGUUUUGUUAACAUUUUGUAAAGAUGUACAUUUUAGGAUUGUUGGUGUCAUGCUCUAGGUUUGCUCCGCAAAAGAUUUAAAGUUUAAAUGAAAUGUACUGUACUUUUUUAACUGCCUAGUUGUCAUUGCUCAAGAAAGAAAUGUAUUUGAGGCAAUAAAUAAAAGCUGACUUAAAAUUA